AUAUAUGGGCUCUUCAUACAGGUGUGCUUGGACAUUUAUUGUUGUUGUGAUGAUUAUUUGGGGUUAGGCGGGGAUCGUGCGUGUACUGCGUGGAUGUUUGUCUGUUUGGCGUCACGGGGAAAGGAGCGCGCACAGCAGCGCAGCGGCGGCUUCGCUCUGCACUGAAAAACCGUGCAACUGGGGCAUGCGUUCACUUUACACAGCGGACCAACAAGCUGGUGGAGACCGUGGCGGAUUCACGGGAAUACCGCGACGUGUCGAUUUUCUGUAAUAAACACCGGAUUACUGGAGGUGGGUUCGGGGAAGAUUUGGGGUGUUUAGCGAUAAGGAAACGUAGAAAUCACAGAUGUGAAAAGGUGCGCUUUACCUCGGGCUUUUUUUCCUCUUUUCUUUCUUCCUCUUCCACCUUUGAUAAUCUGAUUUUCGUCCGGAUCCAGUGAAAAUGCAGCCUGUACCUGACAGAUGUGUGGCACCACAGCUGCAGCCUACAGAUCUGCUGUGGUUGGCUGUGGAGGACUGAGAUUGCUAAAGCUGCAAAUCACAUCAUCAGCAUCAUCAGCAUCAACAUCUGCCACUUCAAACGCGACAAGACACAGGAGGACGCAGGCUGCUUUUUGCAUGAUCAAAGACGGAGAAGUCAGAAAGUACCUGUAGACGAUGACUCCAGCGGAGCUGUUUGCUUGAAAGCAGCAUGAGAUAACUGGGGGCUGCCACGCUAAUCGCUGAUUCAAGCUUUUUUCCGUUUGGCAAUGAUGAAAAAGCCCCUCUUUGUCAGCUGACUGACAGGGUCGCAGUGGUGCUCUAGCACAGGACGUUGCCAGCAGCCGAAGCGCAGACACCACAGAGGAGAUGGCUCGUCCGGGAUCCGGGUUGCUGGUGCCCGUAAAUGGGCUGGGGUACCCCCCUCAGAACCUCGCCAGGGUGGUGGUCUGGGAAUGGCUGAACGAACAUGGACGCUGGAGGCCCUACACCGCAGCAGUUUGCCACCAUAUAGAAAACGUGCUGAAGGGGGAUGCCCGGGGAAGUGUAGUUCUAGGACAGGUGGAUGCUCAGCUUUCUCCUUACAUCAUCGACCUGCAGUCCAUGCACCAGUUUCGACAAGACACAGGCACCAUGAGACCAGUCCAGAGGAACUUCUAUGAUCCGUCAUCUGCCCCAGGGAAAGGUGUGGUGUGGGAGUGGGAGAACGAUAACGGCUCGUGGACGCCGUACGACAUGGAGAUCUGCGUGACCAUCCAGAACGCCUAUGAGAAGCAGCAUCCCUGGCUGGACCUGACCUCUCUGGGCUUCUGCUACCUCAUCGACUUCAACAGCAUGUCUCAGACCAACAGGCAGAGCCAGAGAAAGAGACGCCUGCGGAGACGCAUGGACCUGGCCUACCCGCUCAUCAUGGGCUCCAUCCCCAAGUCCCAGUCCUGGCCUGUGGGCGCCAGCUCUGGCCAGCCCUGCUCCUGCCAGCAGUGCAUCCUGGUUAACAGUACAAGAGCUGCCUCUAAUGCCAUCCUGGCCUCCCAGAGACGUAAACCCCACGGGGGGACGGCGGGCAACGCAGGCGCCGCAGGGACCCAUACUGUAGUGCGGCAGAGCAAUACCUUCGCCGGUACUUCGUUUUGGUCUCAAACAUCCAGCUCCACCGGCACAAACAACAAUAACAUUAGCCUGGGAGGUGGACAAGCUAAAGCUGAACAGGUGCAGUUGCCACUGUCCGCUGCCAACUUCCCCUGUUCCCCCGUGAUGCCAUCUCUUUCAUCUGCCCAUGGCCACCACACUCUCACCAUUAACGGACAGAACAAUCUGAACCGUCCGGGCACCCAGCGCAUUUCCGUGGGGACUGCCAGAGGAGCCAUCCCAGCAGGGGUUCCUGCACUCCCAGUUAAAAACUUGACUGGUUCUGGACCAGUGCACCCAGCCUUAGCAGGUAUGACAGGUAUCCUGAUGUGCGCUGCAGGUCUGCCCGUUUGCCUGACUCGAGCACCAAAACCUAUACUGCACCCACCCCCCAUCAACAAGAGCGACAUGAAACCUGUGCCAGGAAUCAACGGCAUGCGCCGCAAAACCAAGAAAAAGCACCUAAGAAGAGGGAAAAACCCAGAAGAUGUGGUGCGAAGAUACACUGAGAAGAUUAAAGUGGUGCCAGAUGAGGACUGUACCAUCUGCAUGGAGAGGCUGGUCAUGUCAUCCGGCUAUGAAGGCGUCCUGCAGCACAAAGGCAUCAAGCCAGAGCUGGUGGGCAAACUUGGCAAGUGUGGGCACAUGUACCAUCUGCUAUGCCUGGUGGCCAUGUACAACAAUGGCAAUAAGCAGGAUGGCAGUCUUCAGUGCCCAACGUGCAAAACCAUCUAUGGGGAGAAAACAGGCACGCAGCCCCCCGGGAAGAUGGAGUACCACGUCAUACCACACUGCUUGCCAGGCUAUCCAGACUCAAAGACCAUCCGCAUUGUCUACGAUAUUCCUGCCGGGAUCCAGACCAAUGAGCACCCCAACCCUGGGAAGAAGUUCAGUGCCAGAGGGUUCCCUCGACACUGCUACCUCCCCGACAGUGAGAAAGGCAGGAAGGUCUUGAAGCUGCUGAUCAUGGCCUGGGACCGACGCCUCAUCUUCACCAUUGGCACAUCCAGCACCACGGGCGAAUCGGACACCGUGGUGUGGAACGAGAUUCAUCACAAGACGGAAUUUGGCUCUAACCUGACCGGUCACGGCUACCCCGACCCCAACUACUUGGACAACGUCUUGGCAGAGCUGUCGGCCCAGGGGAUUGGCGAGGACAAUCUAAAGGACUGAUGGCCAGCAGAACUGGUACACUGAAACAAAACCCCCCAUGCCCCGCCAUCUCCCAGAGAGCGGGGACACUGCACGACGGGCAACAUGCGGCCGACAACGCUUUACUCCCCACAAACAAAAAUAUCCUGCAGAAAGGGUGGCUUUUGGUUUGUGUAACCCAGGCAAUCUCCCUCCCUCCUGCUGUCUCUAGAUCCAUGCCUUGAGCAAGUUUUGUCUGUUGGCAAAGUCUCUCAAAGAGUAAAUGAUGCAAAGAGAUUCUUGUCUGAAUGUUGGGACCUUGAGGUGAAAGGUAUUUAUCCCUUUUUCGAGUCAAACUGAUGCUGUUUUUUGGCACUCAAAGAAAAAUGACAAGGGGCUAAUAACUGUACACAGGCAUAUCUGUAAAAUGCUGAACUCCAGAAUGCAUGGCCCCGACUAACAUAAUGAAAGUCAGGCAAACACACGCGACAGGGUGAGCUGUCAGCGGAUCAGCUGUUGCUUGGUGUUAUGAAGAUUUAAGAAAAUCGCAAAGAAAUCCAAAUUAACUAUUUCCCUCCCCCCCAGUUUACUUUUUUAGUGAAUUCAUUACAAACGUUGGUUGUGCAUUUUU